UGUGCGAGAAUGUCAAGCAUCUCCAUCCUCUAGCAAGAAAGUCUGAUGAUCGUUUUUAAUGAACGAUGGCGUACAAUUCAACCUGCAAAUCAGUCGAUUUUGGUUUUACUCAAAAGUUUUUGCCCUCGGUCUACGUGACUGUUUUCAUUCUAGGAGCAAUUGGCAACUGUUUGGGGCUGAAAUCUAUGUAUAAUAACUGGAGGAAAAUUGGUAAUGUAAAUAUCUUUGUGCUCAACCUUUGCCUGGCGGACAUUUUAUAUAUUUUAACCCUGCCCUUUUUGGUGGUUUACUACGCUUCCAAAAGCCACUGGAAAUAUGGAAAUGUUUUUUGCAAGAUUUUAAGAUUGUGUUUCUGCAUCAACCUGUACGGCAGCAUUGGUUUCCUCACAUGCAUCAGUGUUUACAGGUAUCUCGGCAUCGUGCACACAUUGAGGGUUAAAGGCAGAAUUACAGCGAGACUCUCCAUGCUGAUUGUUACGCUGGUUUGGUUUUUAGUUUUCCUUCAGUCUCUCCCGGAUAUGUUCUUUGACAAAACCUUCUUCAAAAACAAAACAUCAUGUUAUGACACAACUUCGGACAUAUACAUCAGGGAAUACCUGAAGUACAGCAUCGGAAAGACGGUUCUUGGAUUUGGGAUCCCGUUGUUAAUAAUGUUAUGCUGUUAUGGGCAUGUGGCGUUUAUUCUGAUGACAAAGAAAGACAUCGAUGUCAUCUUGAAGCUGAGGUGUAUCAGACUGGUUGUCAUCCUGACCCUGCUCUUCUCUGUUUGUUUCAUCCCUUACCACAUUUUUAGGAAUCUAAACCUGGUAACUCGUAUCUCCAAACUGGACGGCGCGUGUCAGAAAUGGUAUAACUCUAUGUACAUCGCAAACCAAGUUGGUAAUGGAUUGGCAUGCAUGAAUAGUGCGAUCAACCCACUGGUUUACUUCUUUAACAGUGAUGAUUUGCUGAUGAAGUGCUUUAUAAAGUGCGGACGAGGCCGUCAGUCUGCUGCCGUCUCUUUUGAGGAUGACUCUGACUUACGGAAGAAAACUCCCGACAGCAUGGUCAAGAAAUAGAGAUGAAUGGAGUUUCUUUGUUAUGUUUUGCCCACUUAUCAACCCGAAAACAUAUCUGUUCAUCGAGAUUAUGUACACUGAAUGAAACGAUUCUUAUCUAGAUCAUCAUAAUGUAAUGUGGUUAUUUGGGGCCUUGCUUUUG